CAACUUUUGGUUUUGUUGAUUCCAUUUUUCUGUUUUAUCUGUGUUUUGAUCUUUUAUUAUUUUCUUCCUCUGCUAGCUUUGUGUUUGCCAUUUGUUCUUGAUUUUUAAUGUUAAUGUUUUACUUUUUUAUGAAUCUGUUAAUAUUCCAACUGUUUUUUUAAUAUAACUGCUUUCCUUUGUAAUCCUGUUUUAAAAACACUUGAAAACAUUGAAACGACAGAGGCUUCACCACACUUGUAAAGGUGCCAUAGCACAAAAAAGGUUAAGAAUCUUACUUCUAUUUAGAACCCCCCCUUCCCAAAUCCCCAAUUUCCAUUACAUAUCCUGCUAUUUUCCUCUUAGAUCACUGGUUUUUAGACACAUAAAUAUUCCUGUUAUUCCUUGAACAGAACAAAGCAAAACUUCUAGUCAGGUGCGGUGGCUCAUGCCUGUAGUCCUAGCACUUUGGGAGGCUGAGGUGGGCAGAUGUCUUGAACCCAGGAGUUGGAGAUUAGCCUGGACAACAUGCGGAAACCCAUCUCUACAAAAAAUACAAAAAGUAGCUCACUGCCAACCACUUCCACCCAGAAGGGAUUCUCGUGCCUCAGCCUCCUGAGUAGCUGUGAUUACAGGCACCCACCACCACGCCCAGCUAAUUUUUUGCAUUUUUAGUAGAGACGGGGUUUUGCCAUGUUGGCCAGGCUGUUAUUGAACUUCUGACCUCAGGUGAUCCGCCCGUCUCGGCCUCCCAAAGUGCUGGGAUUACAGGCAUGAGCCACAGCGCCUGGCCAUCUCCACUUUUUCUUAUCCCCCAAAAGGCUUAACAUCCCUGGCUUUAUGUAGAAUAGUGUACACUGCCACAUCAGUGUUUGAGUCAUUCCCCAGAGGAGAGAGGAACGCCCCUCCAUUUUUUUUUUGCAACAUCUUGUCUUCCCUUUGCUGUUGCUUCCCCACACACACUUGGUUUUGUUCUAUCCUGUACUUCAGAUUUCUGUCUUUUGUUUUGUUUUUUCAUAUUGAAAAGAUGACAUUGCCCCAGGAGGCAAAAACAAAUGGGAACUGAAAAAAAAAAAGCUUUUUAUCUUAUUUAUCUUUUAAUUCACCUGGAAUGAAUAUUACGUCAAUUGGGAGCUUAAAUGCUUAAAUGUAUUUUUCCCCAAAUGGUUAACUAAUCCUCCCAAUAGCACUCAUUUGAAUAAUCUGUCCUUUCCCCAUACAUGUUACAUGUCUUUUACAAAAUACAGCCUAUUUGGGGUAUGUUUCUGGGCUUUUGUUCUAUUGCACUGUCCAUUUGCUUACACCAGAAAUGCCAGUUUAUUUUUUUGUAGUCUUGCAAUCUUUUAAUUUCCACUAGUGCUUUUUAAUUUAACAUUAAUCCACUGUAUUUGUAUUUUUUUCAGUAGUGGUAAAUGGAAAAAAUAAAAAAUCUAAUGAAAGCAGCCAAAAGCACACAAUUUAUGUCCUGUUAAGACUUCUGCAUGCAAGUAUCAUGCUCCAAAUAUAUUUUUCAUCUUUAUUUUUUAUGACGGAAAGGGCUGAAGUACUUUGGGAAGCAAAACAAAAUUGAGGGACGCCGAGAAGAUACACAGCAGGCAUGUAGGGUAGCGUGGCUGGCAACUGUUCUUACAUAAUUUUAAUUUGAAUUAUACGUAAUGUAGGUAAUAAAUUACUAUUUGGAUUUCCCUUUGGCAUAAACAGCCAGGGAAUAUAACUAACAUCAAAGAUCCCAGACUCUCGACACAACAAUCUUAACACAAUUCUAGAGGGUCAAAAAAGGUAGAGAAGUUUGGACCGUGGAACAGACCUGGUGGAAUGUCGACACAAAGCGUUUCAGGGUAGACAAAGCCUACUCAGAACACCCUAAACGCGGAGUUUUGCUAAGUUGGGACGCUGAAAGGCAAGGGAGUGACAGGAAGUCCGCAGGCUAAUUCGCCAUUAAGAAACAGAACCGUGGCUUCUUCCACCUCCAGCGUCAUCGGCCCCCAAUCCGCUGUAACAAACGGAUAGUGUCUCGCAGCAUCAGACAACGGACUUGGAAAUCAGUUUGCGACCACGCAUCUGCGCCUCUUCUAGGAAACGACGAAGGGGAGUCCAACAGUAGUAACGACAGAAACAUAGUUCACGGGGGCCACUGCAAACGCCCCGCCAGCAGUGGAACCGUUAUCUCGCGAGACGACGGAUCCCCAUAAGGCACAAACCCAGCGCCAAGGUUGGCUGUCAAGGUAGAUUCCAGGGUGCGGAAGUGGUUUUGUGGUGCCACCUCUAACCGCUCGGAGGUCAACCCCCAUUCUACACCGAAAACUAGGCCUUGGCUGCUAUGGAAGGACAGCGGCAAGAAAGCCACGCAACCCUAACACUCGCCCAGGCUCAUUUCAACAAGGGAGAGUACGCUGAGGCCGAGGCGCUGUACUCCGCUUACAUUCGCCAGUGCGCCUGCGCAGCCUCCAGCAACGAGAGUUCCGGGAGCAAAUGCAGCCCUGAGGAUUUGGCUACUGCAUAUAACAACAGGGGGCAAAUCAAGUACUUCAGGGUUGAUUUUUAUGAAGCCAUGGAUGACUACACAUCUGCCAUAGAAGUCCAACCCAAUUUUGAAGUUCCAUAUUACAACAGAGGGUUGAUACUGUAUAGGCUGGGAUAUUUUGAUGAUGCUUUGGAAGAUUUCAAGAAGGUCUUAGACUUAAAUCCUGGAUUUCAAGAUGCUACUUUGAGCUUAAAACAGACUAUUCUAGACAAAGAAGAAAAACAAAGAAGAAAUGUUGCAAAAAAUUAUUGAUAUUUUUAACUUAAUGGAAGUAUUGAUUCAUGAUCCUUACAUCUGCAUCUAGUUAUCAGUAAUUUAAAAUAGAUAUUGAGCUAUUUUGAUUUAUAUUUAAGAAAUUAAUACAUUAGCACUGAAAGUUAAAUAGUGUGUUUAAGGUAGUUAAUUUCAGGUUGAAUGGGUUUUUUUAAUGAAGUGUAAAUAAUACCAAUUUAUAAGUGUAUAUUAUAUUAAAUAUUAUAGUAAAAAGGAAUGUGUGGUGUUUUCUUCAGCAGAACUAUUUUUGUGACUUUUUUAUUCUCAACUUUUUAUUUUAAAAAUGUUACAUGUGCAGAAAAGUUGAAAGUAUAAUAAAAUAAACUCAAGUUACAUUCAUGAGUUGUUAA